AUCAACUUGAUUAGUAUGGCACAAUCUGUCAAACGAAAGCGACCGAGACAAUCGACUAUAAACUCUAAUGACUCCAAGGUCAUCAAGCUAGAAGACAUUGGGAAAUUUCUUACAAAUGUCUUGAUGGAUCCUUCUUACAUUUGGUACAUUGCCACAAUCUUGUUGUUGGGUGAACUUGUACUCAACAUUGUCAUUAUUCAAAAAGUAGCAUAUACAGAAAUUGACUGGACUGCUUAUAUGCAAGAAGUCAAAGGGUUUAUCGAAGGUGAACGAGAUUAUCUAAACCUACGUGGCGAUACUGGACCUUUGGUGUAUCCUGCCGGGUUUGUGUAUAUUUACUCUGGGCUGUAUUAUUUGACCAACAAGGGUACCAAUGUCCGUCUUGCUCAGUACAUAUUUGCUGGUCUUUACCUAGCCACACAGGCUGUGGUGUUUGCACUAUACAGCAAAUCCAAAAAGUUCCCUCCCUAUGCACUUGCUUUACUUUGUCUUUCUAAAAGACUUCAUUCUAUCUAUGCUCUCAGAUGCUUCAAUGACCCUGUAGCAAUGUUUUUUAUGUACAGUUGUAUUCUGGCCAUGAUACACAAACGAUGGGUAUUUAGUGGUAUUCUGUACAGUCUGGCUAUUUCUGUAAAGAUGAAUGUUCUUUUGUUUUUUCCUGCUUUUGGUAUUUUGCUGUGGCAGGCUAUUGGUGCAUGGAGAACCUUUGCUGUUCUAUCACUUAUGGGAAGCAUUCAGAUUGUUUUGGGUUACCCGUUUCUGUCAACCUAUCCAGAAUCAUACCUGGGUCGUGCAUUCGAAUUCAGUAGAUCAUUUGACUAUCAGUGGACAGUUAACUGGAGAAUGGUUACUGAAAAGACCUUUGGAUCUGGUGUGUUUGCAAAGUCUUUGUUGGCUGGUCAUGCGAUUGUUUUGUUUCUCUUCUUGUACUUUGUCUGGUGCAAAAGAGGAGGUGGACUUGUCAAAGUGUUUUUGGAUGGGUUCAAGGGUAAUUCCGUACGCCGUUCAGUCUCUCCUGAUGACAUCCUUUCCAUGAUGUUCACUAGCAACCUUAUUGGUAUGGUGUUUGCAAGAUCAUUGCACUACCAAUUCUACUCUUGGUAUUACCAUGCUCUUCCUUAUCUGCUGUGGCAAAGUGUAUGGAUGACUACCGGGUCCCAGACUUUUCGCAACUAUAUUAGAAUCUUUGUACUGGCUACUAUUGAGGCGUGCUGGAUGACAUUCCCGUCAACCGAAAGGAGUUCAUGGACUCUAUUCGCUUGUCAUGCUAUACUUCUGACAGGACUGUUUAAAAGAGAUCAAGAAGAAACCGAACAAUCGAAAAAUGAAUAGCCUCUUAAUAUGAGCAUAUACAUAUAUGCCUGUCAACUAAAAUACUUCUCUUCAUUUAUUUAUCUUGCUGUUGUCAUUAUCAUAUAGUAUAAUAUAAAAGAUAAUAAAACUGAAACAUGUGAACAGGUGAGCAGAUG